AUAGUGCGGAAGCGUGUCAUUAAAGAGAAAGCAUUAGUCCGAAGCCAUACGCCAUCUCCCUCACUUUUCGAGCCAAGAAAUUAUUACAAUGACAUACGGCUAAGGCACGUCCAUUAAUAUAUGUCUAUGAUCGCAUCCGCUUGCCUGUCUAGGUUAUGAGGUGUGCUGUUAUUGGCAAGUUAAGUAAUAAAAUAUGAAGAAAGGAAGAAAAGCGAGAAAAAUUACUUUAGAUGGUGAAGUUAUAACCCGAAAUGAAGUAAAGCAAAUCUUAGAAAAUACAGUAGGUAACAAUCAUAAGCAGAAACGAGAAUUACCUGGUAAUGAUACACAAGUAACAGUAACUGCUGAAUGUGUAGAAAAAAUUAACACCAGUGAAAAUCAAAGUAACAAUUUAAUUAAUAAAAAUCAGGGACAUGAAGAAGUCAUAAAAAAUGAAGAAUCUAGAAGAUCAUUAAAAAGAAAGAGGCAUGCUCUGCUUUUAAAAGAAAAACAGUUAAAAUCAGUUUUAACCAAUCAGCAACGGUCCUUAAAUUACUUAUCUUUAUGGAAACAUCAUAAAAGCAAAUGGAAAUUUGAAAAGUUAAGGCAAGUUUGGCUACAGCAGAAUAUGUAUGAUAUCAGCAAAGUUCCAGACAAUUUUUUCAUUAUUUUACUUGAAUAUUUUACACAAAGUAAAGGGAAAGUUAAAGAUGCUAUUGUAGAAAAAGCAGUAAGUAUUGUAGAAGAAGAACAGUUGGCAAAUGCAGAUUCAUGUGACAAAAUGAAACUAAUUAGAGCAAGAACUGUUGUGCAAAAUUUGGGAGUAUAAUGUACUGAAACAACUGCUCACUACUUUACAUUGCUUAAAUGUAGUUACCUGUCAUAAUUCAAUGAAGUCUAAUUUGUAAUAUAUGAUUUGUACUUAUUUCUUUAACGUUAUAUUAUAUUCAAUAACUUUUUGUUUAAGUUUUAUAAGCUAAUUACCCUUUUGCAGAAGUUGUAACUGCUCCAUGCAGCACCUACUUCUGUUACUGACAAGUAAAUUAAAUAGUCUAUGCUAUCAUAAAUAUAAACUAUCCAUAUUUAUUGGUUGGUGCAAUAUGACGCAUUUUGUAAUAUUAAAUAAAUAAAACCACCUUGCUUUUUAAUGUUUCAA